AUGGGGUUUGCAGAUAGGAGAGAAUGCCCGCAGCUAUGCAGGUUGGCUGCCGAAUACAUCCGAAAAUGUGAACGGUGUGAGGAAGACAUUUAUGCAUUCUUCGCUCAGGAACCCGACGCCGAUUCACUCUAUGUGAAGCUGGUGGAGGAGUUUGAGAGGUGCAUUCUUAGCUAUUUUGCAUUUCAUUGGAGCCAUGCUGAUAUUUCGAUUAGUCAGGUGUUGAGUUCUGAUGCGGAGCCCAAAAGGAAGCUCAAACAAAUCGUCAUGGCAGCAACUAGGGAACAGACGUUUGAGAGGGUGACCAAAAAUCUAAAGGUUGCUAGGGUGUUCAGUACAUUGGUGGAGGAAAUGAAAGCAAUGGGAAUCGCAUCAACUGAUGACUCACAAUGUACAGAGGUGAUGGCGCCAGUAGCCCACAGUGAUAGAAGUCCGGUCCUCCUCUUCAUGGGUGGUGGUAUGGGAGCUGGGAAGAGCACAGUGCUCAAGGACAUUCUCAACGAACCAUUCUGGGCAGGAGCAGCAGGGAAUGCAGUGGUUAUUGAGGCCGAUGCCUUCAAAGAAUCAGAUGUCAUAUAUAGAGCCCUAAGCUCUCGAGGACAUGUUGACAUGAUCCAUACGGCUGAACUGGUGCACCAAUCAUCUACGGAUGCAGCAUCUUCUCUCUUGGUGACAGCAUUGAAUGAAGGGCGGGAUGUAAUCAUGGAUGGCACUCUCUCCUGGGUACCAUUUGUUGUGCAGACAAUAACUAUGGCCCGAAAUGUCCACCGCCGUCGUUAUCGCAUGGGAACUGGUUAUAAGGUAGGUACAGAUGGAUCUAUAACUGAGGUCUACUGGGAGAAAAUUGACGAAGAAGAACCAUCACUACAAGAAGGAUCCAAAAAAAGAAAACCAUACAGGAUAGAGCUGGUUGGGGUCGUUUGUGAUGCUUAUUUAGCUGUUGUCAGAGGCAUAAGGAGAGCUAUAAUGUGUAGAAGAGCUGUUAGGGUGAAAUCACAACUGAAAUCCCACAAGAGAUUUGCAAAUGCAUUUCUAACGUACUGCCAUCUGGUUGACAAUGCCAGGCUAUAUUGCACCAAUGCCCUGGAAGGUCCACCUAAGCCAGACCUGGUUACAGCUGAAUCUCAACAUGAAGAAGACAUAGUUCAGCCAUUUCAGGUUCCAAGAGAAACGAGCAUAAAAGAUAAUAGAUUAUGGCUGUCAGGUUUAGACCUUAACAAAAGAAUCUUCAGACGAAAUACUGACACAGCAAUCUUUGUGAAGUUGAUAGGAUGGAAAGACAAGGACAGGAAUCUGCUGGUUGAUCCAGAUGAAAUAGACUGUUUAAAAAGAGUGGGCUGCUUGAACGAGGAAGCAGAAUCUAUUUAUGAACUUUACAAGUACCCUAAUCCAGCUUGUGAAGAUGGUUCAAUUUGGAAAGACAUUGUAUUAUCUCCAUCAAGGUUAAACAUUCAAAAGGAGUUGAAGUAUUCUAUUCAGAAAGUUGAAGGAUCAAAAAUGACAAGUUCAAAGUAG